AAACUGAAGAAAGGCGAGGAUCUCCAAUAAAACGAUGGCUGCAAUCAGAAAGAAGCUGGUGAUCGUGGGUGAUGGAGCCUGUGGGAAGACCUGCCUCCUCAUAGUGUUCAGCAAAGACCAGUUCCCUGAAGUGUAUGUGCCCACGGUGUUUGAAAACUAUGUGGCAGACAUCGAGGUGGAUGGGAAACAGGUGGAACUGGCCCUCUGGGACACGGCGGGUCAGGAGGACUACGACCGGCUGAGGCCCCUCUCCUACCCCGACACUGAUGUUAUCCUCAUGUGUUUCUCCGUGGACAGCCCCGACAGCUUGGAGAACAUCCCGGAGAAGUGGACUCCUGAGGUGAAGCACUUCUGUCCCAACGUGCCCAUCAUUCUGGUGGGGAACAAGAAAGACCUGCGUAAUGACGAUCACACACGCCGAGAGCUGGCUAAGAUGAAACAGGAGCCGGUGAAGUCAGAAGAGGCGAGGGACAUGGCGAACCGCAUCAACGCCUUCGGAUACCUGGAGUGCUCGGCCAAGACCAAGGACGGAGUGAGGGAGGUGUUCGAGAUGGCCACCAGGGCGGCGCUGCAGGCCAAGAGGCGAGGCAAGAAGGGCGGCUGCACUGUGCUAUAGAGCGUCAGGGCACACAGGGCUGGGUGGGGAGGGGGGGGACAGACCAGGCCAAGUAACACCCCCUCUCUGUGUCCUCUGGGGCACCAAGCUGGGCACAAUUGAUUGGGGCAUUAUAGGGAGAAGCUAAGAAAGUCCAACAUGGCUAAAGGGGUAACAAAGAAAGAUCGAAUGCAGUAGAGUGGUGCAGGAAUGAGUCCUUAACCCGGAAAUGAGUUAGCAUUUAGACACUUCCUGGCUCCCUCAUCUCGAAUGUUUUUUUUCUUCCAGAAAUAAAGUAUUUGGUUAAUGCAAGCUUUUGAGAUUUUCACGUUUUAGUUCUACGACAGGAAAUAUGUAAGUAAAUACCCCACUAACAGCAGUUGCUUAAAAGUUACAACAUUUGACUACAUAACGCCAACACGCAAAAUAUUAGCCACCUUUAGCUUAGCGAUGUUGACAUGUUUUUUUGUUUAGAUCAUUAUGUUGGCUUUUUACUUCUGGCAGUUGCAUUUAAGUAUCAUAAAAGUGGUGUUAAUAUGUGGAGAUUAUCCUGCUGAGCAAAACGUGCACGUAUCAUAAACGUCUGUUCCAAAAUCCAAUACAAAUAAUCCCAUUGCUUUUAGCCGAGGGAGCCCUUGUGCUUACUUCCGGGUCUGCCUACAAGAUCACAUCAUCACUGCACCGCUCUAUAGACAAAGUCAGUGUAUAGAUUGUAGUACAUGGUUAAAGCUUUCAAAUAAAACUGCUAUGAUCUUAUGAUUAGGAUACAUGAAAUCAUGGAGAGAGCAUGAAUCACUCAUGCCUUUUUAGUGUGGAGGGUUUGUAGUUUUUUCUGGUCUCCUCUGUCCUGAAUUCACUGCUUCAGUGCCCCCCCGAUGUAUGCCUGCCUUUCUAAGUGUUGGGAGAGUUCCAUGGCCUGCUGUGUGACUGUUCUCUUCUUUCUUUCUCCUAUAUUACCCAGGGGCAAUAUAAACUGUAUAUGGCCUUUCUGUUCCAUUACGCUGAUUAUUGGCAUUCGAGCAUAAAUAUGUGAUGGUAUGAGACCAACUUAUUUGAGUGUUUUAUACAAGCCUGUUAAUGAAUGCAACAUUAACAAAGAUUAAGCCAAGCUUAACUUGGCUUUCAAGUCAGAAUACUGUUUGUGAUUCAAUGGAUCAGGAUUGUCAAACACUGUCAACAGUUGAGUAUUAAAAGGUUAACAAAAUGAAAGAAGCUGUCAUUUUUCAAAGAGUAUUGGGGCCUUAAUGUCCCUCCUCUACAGAGAGGGCCACACAUUGAUGUAAAACAGGUUUAUAUUAGAGGAACGCCUUUAUUUUAAUUUCCCAUGAGUAUAUUUUAUAUCAUAUUUUAGUAAUGCGCCUCCAUGUUUUCUUAUCUUUUUAAUUUGUUAAUGCAAGCUCAACUCGUCCUCCACGUUACAGGUCUCUAGAAACAUUCUGUAUAAUGUGCAUUUCCACAGCAUUAUUUAGGUUCACAGCCAUGUCCAUUUCUUUUUAACAGCUUUUUUAAAAGUCUAUUUUUUAUUGUAUUGCUGUUAAGCUACCAUCAAGGACAUGCACACACUACUGAGUUUAUAUUUCAAACUUGCCGCAGGUCAUUCGAUUUUCCCAGUUUCAGUGAGGCUGCUGUGGAAAUGUACAUUAUACUGACGUUAGAGAGAAAUGAUCUCAAGUAAUAGCAGCCUGUUUUUAACUCAGCCAUCAUUUGUUGUUCAGUUGUUCGACACUCCCAUUUUGAAAGCAUUGGUUUUUAUUUGGAAGUGUUUGGUGUACCUGUCUUCCAGGGCCUUAUUGGAAGUGUUUGGUGUACCUGUCUUCCAGGGCCUUAUUGGAAGUGUUUGGUGUACCUGUCUUCCAGGGCCUUAUUGGAAGUGUGUUUGCAACUCUUCUUUGUUCUGCUUCUUAUUCUUUUGUAUGUUAUUUUAACUACAUGAUAUUCCACUGGCUUAUGUUGUAUUAUUUGCACACCGCUUAAAACAAAACCUCAGUGUGUGGUAUACACACUUUGAAAAAAAAAAAGUCAAAUUAUGAAAUGCUAAACGCAAGCAACCUCUGGUUAUUUGUUAGAGGAAUAUUGUUUUGUAACGUAUCCUCGCAUUUCUCCAGUUGUCUUUUUGUAAUGUAUUCUAAAGGAAAUAAAUUGUAACUGAGAAUGACCAAA